AUGGAGAUUGUUCCUUUUAGCGACUACCGUCCUUCAAUGUCGAAGAACGUUUUGCUUGUGAACAAUCCAGUCGGAGGCCAUAGACCUUCAACUUACAACCUUCCAGAUGAAGAUUUUAGAUAUGGCAUCAGAACUAAGAAAGGAGAAUCAGUUGCUGCAUGCUUUGACUGGCCUGAUCCACCAGUUGAUCGUACAAGACGUGGAGCUACAUCUUCUGCUUCAUCGACCGUUAAAGAAAGAUCGUUAUCUCCCCCAAAGACUGCCAGACGCGAAUUAUCAUCGAUUUGUCCUCCAGACUAUGAUGAACCAAAAACUCCAAAGCAGGAGAGACCUAAAGCUGAAAUGAUGACACUCGUUGAGCGCACUUUAGGAGCCCCUGCAACUUCGAGACCAUUGAAUGUCAAAAGUAAUCGCGACUUUAUCUCAACAAACAAAGCAGCCUUGGAUGCUGGUUGCGUUACAGCUAGAGACUUCAGAGAAUUCAAGGAGGAAAAUUAUAUUGCCAAAAAACAAAAGACUAAAACAGGUCAAUUAGCUAAAGAAAAACAUGAAGCAAAGGUUAGAAACAUGGUCCACGGCGUAUCUACUCCUGUCGUUAGUGAAAUCAAAGAUUGCUUAACAUACAGAACCCUUAACGAAGCUCUUGACAGAGCUGUAAGGACAAGAGAGCUUCAAGUUGAAAAAGCUAAAGCCAAAUCAGCAAGAAGACCAACAUUCAAAAAGGCUGGAAGAUCUACACGUGCUUCUCGCGGACAUACUGUCAAACCAGCUCCUCCACCAAGUGAAGCUGAAACAUUCAAGAUGAAGAGAUUCAAGAACAUUGAUCACUACAAGAUUGUUGACUAUUGGUAA